AUGCUGGAGGCGCUGGCCGCGCUCUCCCGGGAACRCCUGCUGCUCCAGGUUGUUGUGUGCAGCCCCAGCUCCAUCUGGGCUGCAAGAAUCGCCCUUGGCGUGAGGGAAGCAGCUGGCUCCUCUCACCUGCCGCAGCAGCUCAAGUUCACAACCUCGGACUCCUGCGACCGCAUCAAGGAUGAGUUCCAGCUCCUGCAGGCCCAGUAUCACAGCUUGAAGUUGGAAUGUGACAAACUGGCGAGCGAGAAGUCGGAGAUGCAGCGUCACUACGUCAUGUAUUACGAGAUGUCCUACGGGCUGAACAUCGAGAUGCACAAACAGGCUGAAAUUGUGAAGAGGUUAAAUGGGAUUUGUGCUCAGGUCCUGCCCUACCUUUCACAAGAGCAUCAGCAGCAAGUCCUGGGAGCCAUCGAACGAGCCAAGCAGGUGACGGCGCCGGAGCUGAACUCCAUCAUCCGCCAGCAGCUUCAAGCGCACCAGCUCUCGCAGCUCCAAGCCCUCGCUCUGCCGCUGACGCCGCUGCCCGUGGGGCUGCAGCCGCCGGCGCUGCCCGCCGUGAGCGCCGGCACGGGGCUGCUCUCGCUCUCGGCCCUCGGCUCCCAGGCGCACCUCUCCAAGGAGGACAAGAACGGCCACGACGGGGACGCCCACCAAGACGACGACGGGGAGAAGUCGGAUUAGAGCGAGCGGCGGGGCCGGGGGGCCGGCUCCCCGCGGGGCGCAGGGUCUCUCGAGUUGCUGC